UUUUAUGUGUUUUGCGUCAUCAGGAAUCUGCAAAAAGCCAAACAUCUUGCCAGAAAUUAGGCUACAUCAUAAGAGCUGCUGCAGGUAUUCAAAUACUCCUGGACUACCCUUUUUGAAGCUUAACUAAGAAAAAACAAAACUUUCAUCCUCAUCUUGAUGUCUAAGGGUACCGUCAUGGAGUUGACACCGGAGGAACGUAUUGACAUUGAUGCCAAUUUUCUCUCACAGUAUGUGCAACAAAACCCAAAGUCCACCAUCACAAAACUAUUCUCUUAUUUGGCACUGCUAAAUGCAUACAUUCCUGAGGCCUAUCUUCAGAAAACUGAGUAUCAGAAGAUCCUUGGACCCCCUGAGCCCAUCCAUGGAGGCCCCCCCUUUGAAGAAAGAAUGAAGCCUUUUAUGUGUUUGAUCAACACAUCCAGUCCAAACCCUGAACAAAUAUCUAUGAUUCACACAGUGGUUGCACAGCGUGCUGUGGAGCUACUAGCUGAGGAAGGGAUUUCCAGGAGUCUUAUAAUGAAGAACUUUAUGUUUUCACUUUGUGGAGAUCAGACCCAACCAUAUAUACUCCAGUUCAUCAAAGAUUUGCUGACAAAGAGAGAAUUGGGAGAAAAUGGUAAAGCAAAGUUUUCCAGGUUAAUUAUAGAUAUGCUAGAGAAAGAGAAUUUUGACAAAGCCGUGUAUGUCUUGAACAUUGCAACAGAUAAAUUAAGACAGAACCCCAUUUUUCCCCAAACUGUUUCCCGUCUUUAUUACAUCAAAGGAGGCAACAUUAACUAUAAAAAAGCUGAAAAAUGGGCAGAGGAAGCCAUUAAAAGAGCUCCAAAGAACUCUUAUGUGGCUGACACUCUUGGACAGAUAUACAAGAACCGUUUGUUGAGGGAAGCCAAGGGACUGGAGGACAUCUUGCGCAUGGCAGAAAAGGCCUUCAAAGCCUUUAAAGAUGUGCAGAGGAAAGCUGACAAUGAAGAGGGCCCAGAAAUGAAGGACACAACUGAUACUGAAAGAAUUUCAAAUUCUUUCAACAACAGAGGCCUCUUUGGUUUUCUUCAAGUGGCGAAGAUAGCCUUUGAGAAACUGAAUAAAGGACCAUCUCGUCCUUCAAAGAAACACGGUUUCAUUCAAAAGUUAAAACCGGAAGUGGAAGCCAGGUUUGACUUUUUUGAAUGGUACCUUGCCUACUCCAACCCUAACAAGACGUCCACUGAGCCGGAUUACUUUUGGAAGGACAUUGUAAUUUGUUACGAACUGUACACAACAAAAACUGCAGCUAAAUCCACCAGCUUUCCAGGUCUUUUAGAUCUCCUGAAUCACGGCCUUAUCACAUCAAAAGGACGACGUGCUAGGUUUGAGGAGGCAGAGGAAACAGUGUCUGAAUUAGAGGCAAUCCGAGAUCAUUUGAAAACCAUAUACGAGGCAAAUGUUGACGAUGUCAAAGAAGCUGAGAGGUACAUCCUCUCCAACAUCAUCUUGAGCAACAAGAUGCAUAACUCUUUGCAGCACACUCCAGUGACAGAACUCCAAGCAAUACUUAACAGAUUCUUGGGCACAAAAGUUGGGCAUAGAGGCGCUCAGUUUUACCUUUUGGUUCUGAUGUUGUUUUGGCCUGAGGAAGAGCCUCGGGUGCUGCAAGAAGAGGAUGAUGAAGAAGUGGAACAGGAGGCCACAGAGGACGACGAGUCAGAAGACAAAACCUGGGAGGAUGAGGAAAGCAAUGGGGAUCAAGAAACAAGAGCAGAGCCUGCACAACUAUCCCUUGACCUCAUGUUUGGUCCUGACCUGCAACAGUGUGUCACAUUCAUGGAGAAAGCAUUUGAGAGAGCUAAGUAUGCCAAACACCUUCGAGGCCGGUACCUUUUGCCUCUGUUUUUUCUGGGGACAGGCUCUGGACUGAGCAAAUGGAUUCACAGAUCAAGGUUGGAUGCAAUCGUGGAAAAAAAGGUGGAUGCUGAACUAACUGAUGAUUAUGAUGAAACAAAUAAGAAUAAAUUGAGUCGCAUCAAUGAAAUGUGGAACAAUGGGGAUGUGUGGCAAGUGCCAGAAAUCCAAAACAUGCUUCUCCCAAUCCAAGUGGAGCUAUGCCACUCUCCCACUAUGCCACAUGUGCAUGAAAAGGAGCAAGUGUUUCUUUGUGUUGGAGGGCAGAAAAUAAUGGCUACAAUGGAGGUUGAAGAACCUGAAGCUCCACUGUUGACCCCAGUGCCUUUCUAUCUUGGCUUCACAAUUCGGGGUCCCGUUGUCUUCACAGUGGGAUGUCCUUAACUUACUAACUGCUGCUAAUGGGUUAGGAUGGCUUAAAUGCAGAGAAUACAUGCCUCGCAUGUGUACAUGAACUUGGCAAAAAAUUUAAUAUUAUUCAUAUUAUUACAAAAGCAAUAUCUGUACAAAAUGUUAUAGCAACCCAUUCAAUAGUUAAAACGGUAGGCAAACCGACAGAUCAUCAUUAUAAUAGAGCCACCCUGCCAGCUAAAAAUAACCGCUUUGGGACAGAAAGACAUAUUGAAUCAUGAAAAAUGUAAGGUUUUGUUUAUGGGUGUUGUUACGACUACUGUCACACUUAUUUCUGUGUUUUGUUGUGUGUGUGCAUAUGUCCUGUAUUUAUCUUUUCACAUGCAAAAUAUAGUAAGGGUGGACCGCUAGGUGUGUUAUUUUAGUUUUUCUCCUGCUUAAUUAGUUAGCGAGGUAAGUCAUUGUCAGUCUUUUGGCCAUAUUUUGGUUCUUUAGGUUAGUAUCUUAUUUUCUAGACAGGGUUGUUUUGUUUGUUAUUUUAGUGGUAGGCCACCCUGAAGCCUUAUUUAAGUUACAUAUAUCUGUUUAAUCACGAGGUCUACUUAUUGUCAAAAAAUACGUUUGUGACAUCAUAACAACUAGUUUUGUGGCUACUUGGGAGACGGGGAAGAUGGGGCCUUUUUUGUUCAUGUUACGUCCUAGGCACCCCUAGACUGGGGCGUAACAGGUGUAUAAAAGAAAAUAUAUAAAAUGAACAUUUGACAUAUUUAUGUAACGUAUUAACAUGUUUAACAGUCCCUCUAAGGAAGAAAAAACAAAGUGAAAAGCAUAAUUUUUUUUUAAAUAUACUUUUUCAAAUCAAACUUGAAAUGCAUUAUAUUGGUUUGCAUUAGACUUUGACAAUUUUAUGUUAUCAGUUAUUGCUUGUAUUCCUUUUUUAAUAUGCAUGUGUAUAUAAACUUGAAUCAAUGUUUUGACAAACAGGAACAUGUUUUAAAAAAGGUAAUUUGAAAUAAUGUAUGUAUUUGCUUUGGGAAUAAAAUUAAACUUGCAAUGG